AUGUCCAAGCUCUUUGUCCAUGGCCUUUCAUGGCACACAAAUGAUGAGACUCUCCGCGAGGGCUUCCAGCAAUUUGGCGAGAUUCAGGAAGCUAUUGUGGUCAAAGACCGCGCCACGCUGCGUAGUCGCGGCUUCGGCUUUGUCCGAUUCGCGACUGAGGCCGAGGCCGAUGCUGCGAUGAGUACAAUGAACAACCAGGAAUUUGAUGGACGUGUCAUUCGAGUCGACAAAGCCUUUGAUCGUCCCAACCGUCCCGACGGUGGCUUCCAGGGUCGUGGUGGAUACAACCAACAGCCCCAAAGCGGCUACCAGGGCGGCGGCUUCGGCGGCGGCGGUGGUGGCGGCGGAUACAACCGUGGAGGAUAUGGCGGUGGUUACAAUAACUACGGCAACGGUGGUGGCCAAGGUGGUUAUGGCGGCGGCUAUGGAGGCGGUGCGAAUGCCGGGUAUGGAGGAGGCGGUGGGUGGCGAAACAACCAACAGCCUCCGGCCCCAUCUGAAGGUCAAUAA